UCUUAUACGUGAAUUAUAUACAGACAUGAGAGUUUGUCCUGAUUGUCACGACAAAAACCGGUUCAACAGACCAAUAUUUGUUUAUUUCCGGUUCUAUAGUAAACUUCCGGUUUCUUCAAAACAAUGAGCAUGAACUGGUAUGUUACCCGUAAGAUGAAUUUUGGUGCAGCAGCAGAAAAACUGGAAGAAAUUCCUAAAGAUGAAUGGUUAGAACGUCUCCAGGGAGUUCAAGUAACAAGAGGAGACAUGAAUAAACUUAUAAUGAAUUAUUUAGUCACAGAGGGUUUUAAAGAAGCUGCAGAGAAGUUCCGAAUGGAAUCAGGAGUUCAGCCAACAGCAGAUCUUGACCAGAUGGAUGAACGAAUCAAAAUCAGGGAUGCAAUACAAAAUGGCAAAAUUGAAGAUGCAAUUUCAUUAGUUAAUAAUAUCCACCCUGAGUUAUUAGAUAAUGACAGAUAUCUAUAUUUUCAUUUGCAGCAACAACAUUUAAUAGAGCUUAUAAGAGAGAAGAAUAUAGAGUCAGCCUUAGACUAUGCACAGACACAUCUGGCAGAGAGAGGAGAUGAAAACCCUGAAAUAUUGUCAGAAUUAGAAAGAACAUUAGCUUUAUUAGCGUUUGAAAACCCUGAGUUAUCUCCCUUUGGUGAACUGUUACAUCCAUCACAAAGACAAAAGGUGGCAAGUGAAUUAAAUGCAGCCAUAUUGGAAAUGGACUCUACUCCAAAGUUGGCAAAUCUUGUCAAACUUUUAUUGUGGUCACAAGAAGAACUUGACAAGAAAAAAAUCAAAUACCCAAGGAUGUCAGACAUUUCACAUGGAUCAUUUGAGGAACCAAAGUCAUGAAAUGUUACACAAAAUAUUUGUCCAUGUGCCAGUAUAUUAUCGUCAUCACAUCAGUAUCAGAUAUUCACAUCAGUUUCACAGAGUGUUGUCAGCAAACAUAAAAAUGAAUUGUUAUUGAUUAUUCUGAUUUUUGCGUAUGUUGUGUUUAUUGGAUUUUAGACAUCUACCUUCCUACAUUGACAUUGGAGAGUUGAUUAAUUUUACUAAUUUAGGGAUGUGUGUUUCCUUAAAUAAUUAGAAAAAGAUCAUUAGUAUAUAUAAUGUUUGAUUUUAUAUAAAAAAAAUAAUAGCGCAAGUUGUGUCCCCUUGUUAUAAGUUUAAUGUCUGGACAUCAAUUAUGAUGUCACACUGAAGUUUAUUUGAUAUAAUUUGUAUUUGAUAUUUUUAUGAUUUUUGCUUGUAUUGUGCAAACUACUGGGUAGUCUUACAAUUUAAGAUCAGUCAGUUGUUCAACACAAAUAAUAGAGUUUGCAUUAUUUGGUUUAUAAAAUAAAUCUUCCACUUACAUGUAUGUUAAAUUUGAUCCUGAUAACUUUUUAAAUGCUAUUAACACCCUCAGUGUGUUUGUCUCUAUCAUGUAAUUAUUGGUGAUUGUGUUACUGUUCCAUAUGCAUAAUGUUAUCUGUUUGAACUGUCUGAAUAUGUCAUAAUUUGGGCAUGUUUAACUCCCAUUAUUACUGUAUUAAAGCCAGUUACUGUCUCUGUGUAGGGAAAAACAAUUCUAGUAUCUUGUGCAAAGCUAAUUCAUUUGCCCCUAUAAUAAAUAUGUAUGUUGAGUAAUCUCCCAUGGAUUGUCAUCAGUAAUAAUUUGGGCUGUUACAGAUCCAGAUCAUUUAUUUUUAUUUCAGAUUGAUCAUCCAGUAAUAUUUUGUCCAUGACUUUCAUUAUGUUCUUACUGAAUUCAGAUAUGCUUUAUAUUGAAAUAUAAAGAAGAAUUGGAAAAAUAAUUUUCAAAGUUAGCUUAGCAUUUUAAAGCAAGGUAUAAAGGAAUUUUUGGACAAUGAGCUUAAUUUUUCAAAGGGAAGAUAUCAAAUAUCAUCUCUGCUACAGUAUUCAGAUUUCCUACAGAAGGUCGAUCAAAAUAGUUGUAAAACCAAACAAGUACAAAGUUGAAGAGCAUUUAGGACCCAAAAUUCAUAAAAGUUGUGUUAAGUCACUAUGGCUUUCUUCACUAAAAAUAUGGGGACAAAGUAUUACAGUAGAAAAUUCAAUAGAAAAAAAAAUGAAAAAAAAAUCCAGAACAACGUUUCUUUGUUUACAUUGAAUAUGACGUCAUAACUUAAAUAACGUCACAAGUAAAAUCCCUAACAACAGAACCAAAAUUGAAAACGUUACAGUAUUUCCGUUUCUCUUGUUAACAUGUUUGAUUUUUUUUUAAAUGAUACAGACUUCGUCCUCAUUCACAGGUAAUGCCUGCCUCAUAAUAAAAGCCACCACGAAACUGCCAAAAGUGCUGAAAAUGGUGUAAAACACCAAUUAAUCAAUCAAUUAUCUCUGUUAUUUUAAAUUAUUUAUCUGUCAUAUAUUUUUUACUGAUCCCUUGGAUAAUGCAAAAACUUCUGUCAGAUUAUUAAAGUUGAAUUGUUUUAUUAGAUGUAUCAUUCCUUUAGGUGCAGACAUAAGACUAUGUAGAGUGGAACUAUUUUGUGUCAAAUCUAAUGUCCAAUUCUGAAAUUAGGCAUUCUAUUUAUCUGGCAGGCAGUUAAAGUAUGAUACAUGUAUAUUUUGAUUUUAAUAGACUCUACUUGUUAAAUAGGUUUGUUUUUUGGCAAAAUGAUAGAAAUGUGUACAAUAUUAUCUUUUGCUUUGUUAACCUGUAAAUAUUAUGUGAUAAUAAACAUAAUUUAUUUGU